AUGUCUCGACAAGGUGAUACGAGCUGCGGCCAUCAAUCUGUACCGAUGAAGCUGGUCGCUUUACAUGGUUGGGGUUGGAGCGCCACCAGGGGUGAAACCCGGGUGUGUUUUCAGUUCUCAGUAUCGGCACCCGAGCUCUGCGAUGCGGGACCUCGUCGCUGCUGCAACACAGGCUUCCAUAAGUUCAAAUUCUACCCUGACCCCAUGUGCAAACAAGCCGUCAACAGUGUCACCUACCAGGUUAAAGGCGGCCCAGUGGUGGGCCCUAUAUCCUCAGUGUAUUACGAGCGCAGCGGCGACACGUUCAUCGGAAAGAUCACAAUGUUGCCCUUCACAAUCAACACAACCGACGGGGCCGUGCUGUGCUGGACGCUAAGGAGUCCGUGUUCCACGCUUCGGGAUUUAGCACACCCGAAAACACGUGACCUGAACCUGCUAGAGGUUGCCUUGUACGACUACAAGGUGGAUGGCUACGAGGUCAACACCGCGAAUCCGCCGCCGCCACCAAAGCUGUCACCGCCAAGCCCGCCGCCCAGCUCGCCACCGCCCAGCCCCCGUCUACCGCCGCCCAGCCCACCGCCACCCAGCCCGCCACCACCCAGCCCGCCACCGCCUUCACAAAAUACCCCUGGCCAGGAUUUGACAAAGCCCGCGGUGAGGUUCUACCAGGACAGUCGAGUGUUCGGCAUCUUCUUGUUGCCCGGCAUCUCCUUUGACGACGCGCGUGCGCGUUGCGGCCGUGGCGGUGGUUUCCUGGUUUCCCUGGUGAGCUCGUCGGAGUGGAAUGAAGUUCGGGCGGCCUUGGCGGAACUGAGCUCCUACAGUGGGUUCGGGAACAGCCUGAGUGUGUGGGUUGGCGUGGACCCCGCGGGAAACUCCACCUGGCUGGAUGGAGGAGCCAUUCGCUUCUGGACCAACAAUCAGCCUCCGAGGGUGGGCGGCCUGUGCUAUACUGCGGUUUGCAGUGGCACUGAUGGCCAGCAGGCGGUGGCGGCGUCAUGCACCUUGGAGCCGAUUCCCUGCACCAGUCGGACGGUGCAGGGCUUCAUCUGCAAGACAUACACCGGCGUGAUUACCUACAUCAAUGCUGCUGCAUCGUACGGUAAGACGUACGUGUACAGCACGUACGGCUUGAACAGCAAUGCUGCCAGUACGUAUUGCGGCCGAUUGGGCGGCCAGAUGGUGUCGUACAACACCCCCGAUGAGUUCAACAUGGUUUUGCAGCCCCUGAUCUACGGAACCAUUCGGGUUCAGCGAAGCGCCAUCGACAGCAACGGCACCGUAACCGUGUGGCUGGGUUUCUCUGACCCCGCUGCCUCGCGGUGGAUGGACGGGACUCCAGUCACAUUCUCCAAGCUCAACACAACCAGUGCAACGGGCUGCUACAUCAUCCGAUGCCCCUACGCCCAGAGGCAGAGUGCUGGUGCUGGUGCAGCUGGUGCUGGCGCUGCUGCUGCUGCCGGGAUGGUAUCUCCGCUGGACGCAUGUACUUGGGAGCUGCAACCGAGCUGCAUGCGACUGAGCCUCUUCAUCUGCGAACUGCCCGGCGUGUUUGAGGGCAGUUCGGGAGCUGCCCUUCUCGUCUCGCCGUAAUUAGACGAGUUGGCACGGCGGUACAGUCAGUACGGCAGCAUACAGCGGCCAGUACGGCAGCAUGAAAGAAUGGGAUUUGUCCUAAAUUGUUGCGGUACAUAAGAGCUGGUACGAGGCGAGUGCGGGGGUGUCAGCGCAGCGACGACAAGCGGGAUGUGACAGAUGCGAUCGGGACAGGCUUGUCGCUUUCAGCUAGCGAUGGGCUUCUGGGUAGGGUGGGCGGAGAGGAGGGGCCAUUGGGAGCUUGGGCAAGUAGUAAGGCAUGGUAAGGCGUGGCCAUCUCAGACUCAUGUGCUUCGUCAGCGUUGGUGGGCGUGCGGUGGCUGUGGAAGUUCAACACCCCUCACGCAAGCCUUGUGAUUCUAGGAUAUUGCCACGAAGGUUUCAACAUCGGGCGGCAGGAGUAGUGUACACGCAUGCCGAAGUGCAUGUUGCCCUGUGGUGCUUUGUUCCCGCGGUACCUGAAGGGGGACAUCGAGCCGCAAGUUGGAUGUCUAUUCACUGCUGAGCACAGGCCCGUCAACCUGGAUGCCAUCAUAGUCAAGCAGAGCCGAGCAACAC